GUGGCGCAGGCGCGCCGCGGGCUGAUGCGAUGGCGCUGCCGGGACCCGUUAACAGGUAUCUUCUGCUCAUGGCACAGGAACACCUGGAGUUCCGCUUGCCGGAAAUAAAGUCUCUGCUUUCACUUUUUGGAGGUCAGUUCACCAAUAGUCAGGAAACUUAUGGAAAGUCUCCUUUUUGGAUUCUUAGCAUUCCCUCUGAAGAUAUUGCCAGAAACUUAAUGAAACGGACAGUGUGUGCCAAGUCUAUAUUUGAACUAUGGGGUCAUGGAAAGUCUCCAGAGGAGCUAUAUAGUUCUUUGAGAAACUACCCUGUGGAGAAGAUGGUUCCAUUUCUGCAUUCAGAUUCUACAUAUAAAAUAAAGAUUCACACAUUUAAUAAAACGUUGACACAAGAAGAAAAAAUCAAACGGAUAGAUGCCCUUGAAUUUCUGCCAUUUGAAGGAAAAGUGAAUUUAAAGAAGCCACAACAUAUAUUCUCUAUUUUGGAGGAUUAUGGUUUGGACCCAAACUGCAUCCCUGAGAAUCCACAUAAUAUCUAUUUUGGUAGAUGGAUUGCAGAUGGGCAGAGAGAGCUUAUUGAGUCAUACAGUGUCAAAAAGAGACACUUUAUUGGAAAUACAAGCAUGGAUGCUGGUUUAUCAUUCAUCAUGGCCAACCAUGGAAAAGUGAAAGAAAAUGAUAUUGUAUUUGAUCCAUUUGUUGGAACAGGUGGCCUUCUGAUAGCAUCUGCUCAUUUUGGUGCAUAUGUAUAUGGGACAGACAUAGACUACAACACCGUUCAUGGCUUGGGAAAGGCUAGUAGGAAAAACCAGAAAUGGAGAGGACCAGAUGAAAACAUUAGGGCAAAUCUUCGUCAAUAUGGUUUAGAGAAGUAUUACCUUGAUGUCCUGGUUUCAGAUGCAUCUAAACCUUCUUGGAGGAAGGGCACAUACUUUGAUGCAGUCAUCACUGAUCCUCCAUAUGGUAUUAGAGAGUCUACAAGAAGAACAGGUUCACAAAAGGAAAUACCAAAGGGGAUAGAAAAAUGUCCAGAAAGCCACGUUCCUGUUUCCUUGAGUUAUCAUCUGAGUGAUAUGUUUUUUGACCUGUUAAACUUUGCAGCUGAGACCCUCGUAUUAGGUGGAAGACUAGUCUAUUGGUUACCAGUGUACACACCAGAAUACACUGAAGAGAUGGUACCCUGGCACCCUUGCUUGAAACUCAUCAGCAACUGUGAGCAGAAGCUUUCCGGUCGCACAUCAAGGCGCUUGAUAACGAUGGAAAAGGUGAAGGGAUUUGAGAACCGGGACCAGUAUUCACAUCUGCUGAGUGAUCACUUUCUGCCGUACCAAGGUCAUAAUUCCUUCCGUGAGAAAUAUUUCAGUGGGGUAACAAAAAGAAUUGCCAAGGAAGAAAAAUCUAGCCAGGAAUGAAAAUUAGGAUUUUGACAAUGGAGAAAGAAUAAGGAUUUGAUAGAAAAGACAUCUGGAUGUGAACUUUCAUGUAUGAUACAGAAAAUGUACUGUUUUAAAUAAUUUUAUAUAACAAAAUAAAUGCUAUAAAGUCAACUGAACAAUUCUUUUAACGUUAGCUUUGUUUUAUAGACUAUUCUGUUGUAUGUGGUCUUUUGAACUUUAUAUUUGUGCUUUCAAGUAUUAUGGAAAUUGAAAACAGUUAUAUUUUUGGUAAUUAAUUUACAAAUGGUGUUGACUUUUUAAACAGAUAUCUGCUGGAUAUGUUAUAGGCAUUAAUAGUGUUUGAGAAUUUAUUCAUUAGGUAGGCUUGUUUAAUUUUGGUUUUGAUUGUAAUUGUUUUACAUUGUCACUAAUAAAGCUUACUGAGGAUUCCUAAAAUCGUGUAGUAUACAGAGGGGAUGUGAUGAAGGAAAUGAAUUUUUAUUUAUAAAUCCCAGACAAGUUAGUAACACAAUGAUAAUGUUGAUGAUGAGAAAGGCUAGGACCUGACAACCUAAAAAGAUUCCAAACUCCUUGAGGCCUGUCCACAUCUGAAGCUCGUCUGUACCUUGGAUUUGCUUCUGCAUUCCUAAACCUUGACUGUCGGUCAAGUUAACUACCCACAAUUUUUGGUUUAGAAAGUAACUGAUAGUUAAAAGCAGUAACAACAACACAAAUCCUUGAUGGUUCCCUAAUGGCAUUAAGUCUAAUCAGAGCUCUUUGAAAUAGAAGCUGUAUUUUCUUGAAGGAGAAACUUUGCUGAGUCCACAUUGUGUCCAUCAUGAAAAUAUCUUGUUUGAAAACCACUCUACCCAUUAAUUCAGGAUGCUAAUAGCUUUCCUGCUCUCGGUGGUCAAAGUACCUCAGCAGGACGGCAGUAAACGAAUCCUCUCUCUUUAACCAGAGCCUAUUUUUAUUUAUGCUAUUAUUAUUAUUUUAGUGUUACUGCUGGCUUUUAUGGACUCACAGUUUGAAUGUGCAUAGCUUAGGACCUCCGGAAGACCAGUGCUGCCCAAGCAGAGAGAGAGAGAGCAGGCCAUCCGCCUAGUUCUCCCUCCUUUUCUUGUCCUGCAGCUCUGAAUUUCAGCAGCAGAUCUCAAACAUUUCAGUGAUUGUUUUGUUUUGGUUUCUGGAUGUGAUUUGUGGUACACUGGGGAAAAUCUAAAAGUAUUCAAGGAUGAUUUAUUUUCAGUAUUUCUGUUGUAAACUGACUUAUUUAAAAUUUUUUGAGGUUAUAUGGGCGGUGAGUUUGAAACUUUGUAGCUGACUAAAUUUGGAAUGAGAUUUUAGCCUUGCCCCAUUUUUUGGUUGUCACAAAAAUUAGUCCAAAUUAGUUCCAAAUUAGAUCUGGAAAAGUUGCAACAUUAAUUUUAGUCACUUUGUUCUUAAAAAUUAUCCAACAUUAAAAAAAUAUAUUUCAAAUUAUUUCUUAUUACCAUUAGUGGAGGCCUUCUAAUCUUUAAUUCUUCAUUGUUGUGAGGUUUAUUUUCAUAUAUAUCAAUAAGUUCAGUCUCCCAUUCCUGAAAUGUCACCGGACUCAGAGUGUGAAUUUGUGCAGUUGUUUUGAGGUUAGUACUCAGAAGUGAAAAAGAAACCCGAUCACUUUCAACCGAUUUUGAUUUUAGUGCAGGUAACACGUUCUCUUAUUCUAAAAAAAAGAGACUUUAUUUUCUGGCAUCAGGAUCUUACUACUUCUGCAUAAGUUGGAGAAGAUCAUUUCUGGGAUUGCUUUAGUUUUAUGUGUAUUCCUCAUGCACUUACUGGCAGGAAUAUCACCUAGCAAAAUGCCUACAUUUUAGGUAGUCCUGUAGUAUGAAUUUACAGUGUAAUCUGUGAGUGAACCCUAGGUGGUCUGUGGGCUGGCCUAUUUAAUGUUUAUAAUAUGACAGACUCUAUAAUUUUGUUUCUGGCAUAUAUUAAAACAUCCAUAAAAUACAGACGGUU